GCCCGUUUGGGUUGGGUUGCGAACCUGCUGACUACCCACCGCCACGGUUUUGCGAAGGGGGAAGGGGGAAGAGGGGAGGGGACAAGGGGGGGGGGGGCUGGUUCUGCGCUCUCUCUAACACGCCAUGGCCGAAGCCUGUUCUCCGCAUAA